GACCUUUCCUCUGCUCGUUUCGCCGGUUCUGGCUGCAAAUCAUCACAUUUCACUAAUUUCGCCGCAUAAUUUUCGGAUUUAUACAACUUGUAUUCGAACUUUUUGUUGUAAAGACCGUUAAUUUAGAUCGCAGUCAAUAUGUUGAGAUCUUGUGUACUUUUGAGGAGGGCGGGAACGCCAGCCCAGGCCAAGCGAUUGCUGUCGCUGUCUGCUCAGGACCACCAGAAGGUGGCCGUUAUGGGUGCAGCCGGUGGCAUCGGCCAGCCCUUGUCCCUCCUGCUCAAGUUGAACCCCAUGGUCAGCAACCUGGCGCUGUACGACGUGGUCAACACCCCCGGUGUGGCAGCUGACCUGAGCCACGUGGAGACGCCGGCCAAGGUUGCAGGUUACCAGGGAGCGGAGCAGCUGCAGCAAUGCCUGGAGGGGUGCCAGCUGGUUCUCAUCCCCGCCGGUGUACCAAGGAAACCUGGAAUGACAAGAGACGAUCUGUUCAACACCAAUGCCUCCAUCGUCCAGACUCUGAGUGAAGCAGCUGCCAAGUACUGCCCCACGGCCAUCAUGGGAAUCAUCACUAACCCAGUCAAUUCCACCGUUCCCAUCUGCUCUGAAGUCUUCAAGAAGGCUGGAGUCUACGACCCUAACCGCAUCUUUGGGGUGACCACCCUGGACAUUGUCCGAUCCAACACGUUUGUCUCGGAGCUCAAGGGCCUGGAUGUCAGCACCACCUCGGUGCCGGUCAUCGGCGGACACUCGGGGAUCACCAUCAUCCCGCUGCUCUCACAGACCCAGCCCUCAGUAUCGUUCACAGAUGAUGAGCUGGAGAAGCUGUCUGAUCGUAUCCAGAAUGCAGGCACUGAGGUGGUCAAUGCCAAGGCUGGAGCUGGUUCUGCCACAUUGUCCAUGGCAAUGGCUGGUGCAAGGUUUGGAAGUUCGGUUCUGAAGGCUCUUAACGGUGAGCAGGGAGUCGUCGAGUGCGCCUUUGUCAAGUCAGAUAUCACAGAGGCUGGAUACUUUGCCAACCCAGUUUUGCUUGGGCAAAAUGGUCUUGAGAAGAAUCUGGGUUUCGGCAAGCUCUCCAACUUCGAGACAAAACUACUUGCCGAUGCCAUGGGUGAACUGAAGGGUAACAUUGCCAAGGGGGAAGACUUUGUGAGGAACAACUAAACACACAAGCCCCCC